AUGCAGUAUGUGGGCAAGCUUGUGUCCUCUGUGUACAACACCAUCACGCCAAACAUUAAUCCAUCGACGCUGAAUGGUGCGAUCGAUGUGAUUGUCGUAGAGCGUGAAGUGGACGUCGACGAGAAAGUCACGCAUGCCGACGGUACCGAGUCUGUCGAGCGCCGGCGGACCACGGAGCUCGCCGCGUCGCCUUUCCAUGUGCGAUUCGGAAAGAUGAGUGUGCUGCGGCCCGAUGAGCGCAAGGUGACGCUCCAUCUGAACGGCUCCUCGGACCCCUUGCCGUUUGCGAUGAAAGUCGGCGAGAACGGCGAGGCGUUCUUUGUGAUGAAGAUUGACGAUGCGGGCGAAGGAGUUCCGGCCGCGCUCGUCACAAGUCCGAUUGUCGGACCGACGUCCGAGCCGGUGGACCCCAAGCCGCACGAUCUCGAGCCGCUCGACCUCGGCAUGUCGCAAGCGGCGCUCGACUCGCCCUCGCCCCCCAGUCCCGCGAAGGACGAGAGCGAGACGCACGGAGGGAACGAUGUCGACUCGGAAGAGUACCCCGCGCCGUUCGGUGCCGGGACCGAAGAUGUCCCCGCGCACGAGCUCGAGAGCGCGCCGCCGGGCGGCGACACGCCACUGCACGCGAGCAAGCAAGUUGUUAUGGACCUGCUCGAUAUGGACGGCUACAAGGUCACGCAGAACAAGCAGCAACAGGCGAUGGACCAAGGCAAGCGCUUUGCCGCCGAGAUGCCCCUUUCGCGGCGGCACGGCGGCAACGGCAGCCUCGGCUACGGCGAGCGCCUCGACCGGCAGCAGCCGGUGUGGAAGCGGCAGCUCAUUUCCCAGGUCGUCCACCCCACGCACGAGUCGAUGCUCAGUGCCGAGGCGCCGACCCGCCACGGCCACUCGCGCCGUGCGAGCGAUACGUCGGUGCACAUGGCCGAUAUUGCGGCGGCCGCGAGCGUCUCUGAGCGCCCCCACCUCCCCGUGUCGCUGAGUGACUCGGCGCUGCUGCGCAGCUCGCGGUACAUGUACGAGGCCCCUCGCGAGACGUCUGGCGUGCAGGACGAUGCGCUGCUUCCUGGCGCCGAGGCGUCGGGCGAUGCGCAGCUCGACGAUGUUGAGGCGGUCGGCACGCUUGCGUGCUCCGACACGGACCCCUACCUGUUCCAGCUGCAGAUGGACUCGAGCACGGUGUACGCAUUUGAGCUGUCGCUGUGCAACUUUGCCUCGUUUGAGGAUGCGGACGAUGCAGAGAAAGCCUACCUCUUUGACGAAGCGCGCGUCUCGUUCCAGCGCUUUUUGGAAGACGACUCGAUGAUGGACGAUGCGCGCCUGUGCAUCCGGCACAACGAGUCGUACCACACGUGGGCUUCGGAUGCCGAGAUGUUUUCGACGCUCCGCAUGUACCGCCACAUGCUACGGAACGGCGAGCAAAGCGCGGCGGAUGCCAAAGAGACGCUGCGUGCACCCGGCAAGCGCAGCGUGUGGGACCGGCUGUGGAGCAGCAAGGCGGAGGUGGACGACGAUGCGCCGCCCGCGCCCUUGGCCAAGUCGGCGACGGCGAUGGAGCUGAGUGAUCCGAUGCGCAGUGCGUCGGCGACGCCUCCGCCGAGCGACCCUGUGCCCGAGACCUAUGUCAAGACGCUGCGUCUGACGUCGGACCAGCUGAAAGAGCUGGGCCUGCGCAAAGGCGCGAACACGAUUACCUUUUCCGUGACGUCGUCCUACUCGGGCGUUGCGACGUGCCGUGCGCGCGUCUUUUUGUGGGACAGUCUGCACCCUGUCGUCGUGUCGGACAUUGACGGCACGAUUACCAAGUCCGAUGCGCUGGGCCACGUCUUUACGCUGAUGGGCCGCGACUGGACGCACCUCGGUAUCGCAAAGCUCUACCACGACAUUGCCAAGAACGGCUACCGCUUCAUGUACCUUACGUCGCGCGCCAUUGGCCAGGCCGAGAUCACGCGCGACUACCUUACGAAUAUCAACCAGAACAACUUCCGGCUGCCCGACGGCCCGGUGAUCAUGAGCCCCGACCGGCUGAUGGCGAGUCUGCACCGCGAAGUCAUCUUGAAAAAGCCCGAGGUGUUCAAGAUGGCGUGCCUGCGGGACAUUGCACGCCUCUUUGGCGAGGACCCACGCAACGCGCCGUCUGGCGAGACCGGCACACCGUUCUACGCCGGCUUUGGCAACCGCAUCACGGACGCGCUGAGCUACCGCAGCGUGAACAUCCCCUCGUCGCGCAUCUUUACCAUUGACUCGAACGGCGAAGUGAAGAUGGAGCUGCUCGAGCUCGCAGGCUACAAGUCGUCCUACCCGAACAUGACGGACCUCGUCGACCAAAUGUUCCCCCCGACCGUCGUGCACAAGCCGCGCGACGCAAAGGCCGCCGCGUAUACCGACUUUAACUACUGGCGCCAGGAGGCGGUCGACAUUGAGCUGCCGCCCGACGACGAGCUCGUGCCGGCGGUGGUGCAGCCGACGUCGCCCGCGCUGCGUGCGCUGCGCAGCCCCCGGAGCAGCUCGCGCCAGAGUAGCGCGUCGCUCCUCUCGCCCCCCACGCCGGCCGCCGACCAGGAGACAAAGGAGCGCCCGAGCCGCUUCUCGCGCUUUGGCCUCUCCAAGCUGGUCAGCCGCAAAAAGGACAAGGGCGGCGCCGCCUCGCCGCCGCCCGCCUCGCCCGAGUUUGGGCCGCGGUCGCUCGACGCGCACGACCACGCGAUGCUGCCCGCGAGCGUGCUCAGCUCGUCGCUCGGCAGUGCACGCGCGCCGUACGAGGCGCGACAGCAGCUGCUCUUUGAGGAUCCCGAGUCGCUCGACGACGAGCAGGACGAGGACGACGACGACGACGACGACGGGCGCCUGUCGCCCGCCGCGCGCCGCCGCCGCCGCCGCCGCGGCGAGUCGCGCGCGACGUCGCCGUCGCCCCUCUUUCCGUCGCUGUACGCGUCCGAGGACAGCCGCCGCGAUCGCACACGCGCCCAGUCGGAGCCGCCGGAAGAGUACAGCCAGCCGCCGCGCUCGCCGCCGCCGCGCACCGAGCGCACCGAGCGCACCGCGCCGUCGUCGCCCGACACGGACGAGGACCCGCUGCUGGCCUCGGGUGAUAUCCAAUUUGAAUGGCGAGGGUAA